AUGGAGGCGGGCAAAUUAGCCCCUCCUGAGCUACAAGUCAACACCCGGCAACGGGCCCUCAGCGAAGCGGAAACUCUUACUUCGACAAAGUCAAAUCCAUUCCUGACACCGACCUCGCCGAGCGCCGCAUCUACUAGCGAUGUUUCUACAUUCGUAGGAGAUGUAGACGUAAAUCAAACACGACGGGAGCUCCGCGAGGAUACCGAUGCCGAAGCUACCAACAACCCCUUCGCCUUUGUACCAAAGCAACUCAACAAGCUUCUCAACCCAAAAUCACUUGUCACAUUCCAAGCUCUAGGCGGCGUUCAAGGCAUCGCAACUGGGCUACAGACCGAUCUACAGAGCGGUCUGAGCGUUGACGAAUCGGCAGUGCCGCGACAUGUCUCCUUCGAUGAAGCCACAAAUCAACAGCUCACACCGAAAGAAAAAGAAACAAGCCGGCCGGCCGGUGAAGGAAAGCCAUUUGAUGAUCGGAUACGGAUACAUGGUCGAAAUGUCCUUCCAGCGAAGAAGGUUACACCUCUCUGGAGGUUGAUCUGGAACGCUUACAAUGAUACGGUCUUGAUCGUUCUCACAGUCGCUGCUGCUAUCUCAUUAGCGCUCGGUUUGUACGAGACUUUUGGUGCAGAGCAUCCUCCUGGUUCCCCCACUCCCGUCGACUGGGUAGAAGGCCUCGCAAUUUGCAUUGCCAUCGUCAUCGUGGUUCUCGUUACGGCUAUCAAUGACUGGCAGAAGGAACAAGCAUUUGCGCGCCUCAACGCUAAGAAGGAGCAAAGAGAGAUUAAAGUCACACGUUCCGGCAGGAUUGUCAUGAUCAGUAUCUACGAUGUGCUUGCCGGAGACAUUAUACACUUGGAACCCGGAGAUGUCAUACCGGUCGACGGUAUCUUCGUCGAUGGCUCCGACGUCAAGUGUGACGAGUCUUCUGCAACUGGCGAGUCUGAUGCCAUUCGCAAAACUCCCGCCGCCGCUGUCAUGAAGGCACUCGAGUCUGGUCAAUCUGUCAAGAACCUCGAUCCCUUCAUCAUCUCUGGAAGCAAAGUGCUCGAAGGCGUUGGUACCUUCAUGGCCACCUCUGUCGGAGUUCACUCUAGCUUUGGUCAGAUCAUGAUGUCUGUCCGCGCUGAUAUCGACCCAACGCCUCUCCAGGAGAAGCUCGGUCGUCUCGCUAUGGACAUCGCCAAAAUCGGAACCACGGCAUCUGGCAUUCUGUUCUUCGUACUCCUAUUCCGCUUCGUUGCUGGUCUGUCCGGUGAUACUCGUACGCCUACCGCAAAGGGUUCAGCUUUUAUGGACAUUCUCAUCGUCGCUGUAACCAUCAUUGUCGUCGCUGUUCCAGAAGGUCUCCCGCUGGCCGUCACGUUGGCACAGACAACUAACAAGAUGACGGUUGUCGCCGGCACAUUCGGCUCCACCAGCUUCGUUCAUGCCGACGCGCAGUCCGACAAGUCUCAGCCCAUCUCUUCUUGGGCCUCUACAAUCACACCCGCCGCCAAGGAGAUUCUUAUCCAAUCCAUCGCGAUCAACUCGACUGCUUUCGAAGGCGAGGAAGAGGGCAAGCCGGUCUUCAUUGGAUCCAAGACUGAGACCGCUCUGCUUCAGCUCGCUCAGGAACACCUCGGAUUGUUAUCGCUGGCCGAGACACGUGCAAACGAACAAGUCGCCCAUAUGUUCCCAUUCGAUUCUGGCAAGAAAUGCAUGGGAGCUGUCAUUAAACUCAAGUCUGGAGAAUACCGACUUGUAGUCAAAGGUGCUUCAGAGAUCCUUCUCGGCUUCGCAUCCUCCAUGGCGGACUUCGCCACUCUUGAGACUCGGUCUCUUUCCGACGCCGACCGACAGUCCCUGACCAACACAAUCAAUGAAUACGCAAACAAGUCACUGAGAACGAUCGGUCUCGUAUACCAAGACUAUGAACAAUGGCCGCCAGCUCACGCCAGCUAUACGGAAGGCGGUAGUGUUGACUUCAGCUCCUUGCUCCAUGACCUCAACUUCCUCGGUAUAGUCGGUAUUCAAGACCCCGUCCGUCCUGGUGUACCAGAGGCUGUUCGUAAAGCACAAGGUGCUGGCGUUACGGUCCGUAUGGUCACUGGUGAUAACAUGCAGACGGCACGUGCCAUCGCUACUGAGUGUAAGAUCUACACUGAAGGUGGCAUUGUCAUGGAGGGCCCUGAAUUCCGCAAACUGUCUGAAGCAGAGAUGGAUGAGGUUUUGCCGCGUCUUCAAGUCCUGGCGCGAUCAUCGCCUGAAGAUAAGAGAAUCCUUGUCACCCGCCUCAAGGCUAUGGGCCAAAUUGUGGCUGUCACUGGUGACGGCACGAACGACGCGCCUGCUCUCAAGGCCGCAAACAUUGGCUUCUCCAUGGGUAUUUCUGGUACUGAGGUCGCCAAGGAGGCAUCAUCUAUCAUUCUCAUGGACGACAAUUUCGCAUCUAUCAUUACUGCCCUUAUGUGGGGUCGUGCUGUCAAUGACGCUGUCCAGAAGUUCCUUCAAUUUCAAAUUACCGUCAACAUCACUGCUGUCAUCCUGGCCUUUGUCACCGCUGUCUACAGCGAGAAGAUGAAGCCUGCACUUGGUGCAGUCCAGCUACUCUGGGUCAACUUGAUCAUGGACACCUUCGCCGCCCUCGCGCUCGCCACAGACCCACCAACGGAGAAGAUCUUGGACCGCCCACCUCAGGGCAAGGACAAGCCGCUCAUCACCAUCACGAUGUGGAAGCAGAUUAUGGGGCAAAACAUCUACAAGCUCACCGUUAUCUUCGUGCUCUACUUCGCUGGUGGCGACAUUCUCGGCUACGAUCUGUCGGAUCCUAACAUGCAACUUGAGCUAGACACUGUCAUUUUCAACAGUUUCGUAUGGAUGCAGAUCUUCAAUAUCUUCAACAACAGGCGUCUGGAUAACAAGCUCAACGUCCUCGAAGGCAUUUUCCGCAACUACUUCUUCAUCGCCAUUGUUUUCCUCAUUAUUGGUCUACAAGUAGCUAUCAUUCACGUUGGAGGUCGCCCCUUCCAGAUCAAGUCAGGCGGUCUUGACGGUGUUCAAUGGGCCAUUUCGAUCGUUACCGGAUUUGUGUGUAUUCCUUGGGCGAUUGGCAUCCGAUACUUCCCCGACGCGUGGUUCGCAGUCAUUGCUGGACACGCUUGCAAGCCCUUUGUUAUCUCGUACAGGCUGUGCUGCCGGGGUUGCUCAAAAAUUGCCGGGCUUUUCAAGAAGAGCAAGAAGAACGAGCAAAGCGACGCAGAAGCUGGUGCGGCGGGUGUUGCUCCUACAAUCGUCGUCGUCGAUAACGAUGAUGCAAGAUCGGCGAAAGGCAAGGCGUAA